UACGGCUGGGAAUUAGAUGGUGCACAAAUGGUUAAAGGCUGAUGACUUGCCAGCACAUAACAGCUCUGAGAUAGGAACAAUUCCAAGGUGCCUUGUGCACUUCAUCUCAUUUGGCAGCGAGUCUAAGUUGAGCCAAAACUCACUACUGCAAGCCCUGUGCUGGGGGUACGAAGUUUUCAACUUUGUGAAAUGGCUUUCACCUCUCGCAGCUUGUGUGUGCUGGGAUUCCUGCUGUUUCUAUUCAAUGGCCUGUGGAGACUGACUGAAAGUGGAGAGCUUCUGGUGGUGCCAGUGGACGGGAGUCACUGGCUAAACCUCAAAACUCUGAUGGAUGAACUUGGGAAAAGGGGCCACCACGUGGUCGUUGUUAUCCCCGAGAUCAGUUUGAAAAUGGGCCCAUCGCCUCACUACACAGCCAAGGUAUACCCAGUGCCUUACAGCAAGGAAGAAAUGAACAGCGUCAAGCCUGCCAUCUUCACCAACGUGUCUCUGGUCAAAAGAAUCCGCACUACUUUUGAAAAGACAAGUCGUCUUCAGCAGUUCCUCCUGAAGACCUGUGAGAGCCUGCUGUACAACAAGGAACUGAUGCAGGAGUUGACGGAGCAGAAAUUCGACGCUUUGCUGACUGACCCCUUUGUGCCCUGUGGUGCCAUCGUUGCGGAGUAUCUUUCCCUGCCCACGGUCAACCUGCUGCGAGGACUCCCUUGCGGUUUGGACAGUUCAGCCACACAAUGCCCCAGGCCACUCUCCUACGUGCCAAAUGUUUUCACCAGGAACACCGACCGAAUGACCUACCUCCAAAGGAUUAAAAACUUGUUGGUUGGCUUAACGGAGCCACUGCUGUGCUGGUACAUCUACUCCCCUUUCGAAGAGCUGGCCCAGAGGUUCCUGCAGGCAGAUGUGACCCUGGUCCAACUGCUGAGUAAGGCCUCCAUCUGGCUGAUGCGUUACGACUUCACGUUCGAAUCCCCAAGACCCCUGAUGCCAAAUAUGGUGCUAGUGGGCGGCAUCAACUGCAAGGAGAGAAAACCUUUAUCACAGGAGUUUGAAGAAUUUGUGAACAGUUCCGGAGAGCAUGGAGUUGUGAUCUUCUCCCUUGGGUCAAUGGUGUCAGAAAUACCGCGUGAGAUUGCGGAUCGGAUUGCAGCUGCUUUGGGCCGAAUUCCGCAGAAAGUCCUGUGGAGAUAUACUGGAGAUCCUCCUGCAAUGCUGGCAUCCAAUACAAAGUUAUUAGAGUGGCUCCCACAGAAUGAUCUAUUGGGACAUCCCAAAACACAAGCCUUCAUCACGCAUGGAGGAACGAAUGGGCUCUAUGAGGCUAUCUGCAGUGGUGUACCAUCUGUCAUGUUACCAUUAUAUGGAGAUCAAGGAUAUAAUGUCAAUCAAAUAGUCAACCGUGGUGCUGGGAUUAACCUAGACAUAGAACAAAUGAGUUCCGAUGAUCUAGUCAAUGCAUUAAACACAGUUAUCAAUGAUACCAGAUACAGAGAAGCCAUGAUGACACUGUCUUCACUGCACAAGGACCGCGCCCUCCAUCCAUUGGAGCUCUCUGUCCAUUGGGUGGAAUUUGUGAUGAGGCACAAAGGGGCAGAGCAUUUACGUGCUGCAGCUCACGAGCUGAACUUCAUCCAGUAUCACAGCCUGGAUGUGAUCAGUGUGCUCCUGGUCACUGAGCUGCUCGCUGUGUGGCUACUGGUUAAGUGUUGCCGUUACUGCUGCAGGAGAUGUUUCUGUGGAACACGCAGUCAGAGAAAAAGGAAACCAGAUUAAAGUGGAUACUAGUCAUUCCCAAAAAUGUCUCUGCAAACUGGUGAAGGAGUGAAAUUAUCCAAGAAAGACAAACUCUGCCUAUUCUUCCAAGUGCAUAUAAGAUAGCAGGGGGAGAGGAUAAUCCAUCUCACUUGCAUUUUGUGCACUGGGACUCUUUGUCCUUUGUGCUGGACAGGUAUGUUGGGAUUUGAAUGACCUGCCAAUGACUUUCAUGAUUUUAAUUUGAACCUAAAUAUGAUGAAGAUUAAUUAAAAAGGUUUUUUUU